AUGGAAGUUCUUGACAACUUGACAUUAGAAAGUAGAAACCAAAGAGUACUUUUAUUUAAUAAGCCUAAUAUAAUUAGGUACAAGCGAGUAGUACCAAUACCAAUGUCUACGAGGCACACAGCUUUUGUUCCUGCAUAUAAACCUCCGAAUGAUAAAGAUUUUGAUACAAUUCGUUAUUUUAUAAAAAGGCACCAGAACAUCUUGAUACUCACUGGUGCUGGUAUUUCGACAGAAUCUGGAAUACCUGACUACCGAUCAGAAGAUGUUGGUCUAUAUGCUAGAAGCAAUCAUAAACCAGUGCAAUACCAAGAGUUUAUAAAAUAUGCUAAAGUCAGGCAAAGAUAUUGGGCAAGGAAUUUCGUUGGCUGGCCACGAUUCAGUACAGUGCUACCAAAUGCAACACAUUAUGCUAUACGAGAAUUAGAGAAGGCAAAAAAAGUUACUGCAAUAGUUACCCAAAAUGUUGAUAGGUUACAUCACAAAGCAGGUUCAAAUAACAUUAUAGAACUGCAUGGAUCGGGGUAUAUAGUCAAAUGUUUACAUUGUCCCUAUGAGGUUGAGAGGUCAGAAUUACAGGACAAGAUCAUGAAAGAGAACCAAGACAUGAAGAGCACUAUAACAAUGAUUAGACCAGAUGGUGAUGUUGAACUAUCAAGGGACCAAAUUGAAAAGUUUAAAGUACCAUUAUGUCCUGAAUGUGAAGGACCUCUGAAACCUGACAUAGUAUUCUUCGGUGACAAUGUUCCAAAACAUAGAGUGGAAAUAAUUCGAAAGGAGUUACAGAAUAAUAUUACAAGCAAAAGAGGAGAA